CGGCUCUCGGGCUUCGGGCUCAGUUCGAGCUGCGGGAUUCGAACAGUGGACCUUUAUCACUGAGGAACUUUCACGUUCACUUCUGAACAUCUGAGACUUUCUGGACUUUUCAGGAUAAAAACACUGGAAUCAUGAAAUCUCCCAAACUCAAAGCCCAAGCGGACCUGGUGCACGAGCAGGACCUGAGCGACGUCCUGUGCGAGUUCGACGCGGUGAUGGAGGACUUCACGUCGCCGGUGGAGAAGCGUCACUUCCGGUACGACGAGCACCUGAAGACCGCGAAGAGGAGGAGCAGCGCGAGCGUCAGCGACAGCGGCAUCAGCGACUCCGACAGUGCAGAGUCACUGAACAGAAACAGCUUCAGCUUCAGUGACGAGCGGCUGAAUUCUCUCAGCGUGUUCUCGCCCUCGGCCACGUCGCCGCCGCUGACGUCACCGAAACCCAGACUCGGGGACACCAAGGAGCUGGAGGACUUCAUCGCCGACCUGGACAAGACAUUAGAGAGCAUGUGACACGGAGGCUGGCAGGCGUCCUGGAGUGAAGCCACGAGAGAGGGGGGGGUGGACGUCUCCCCCUGAACAUGCACCUGCCUCCCCCCCACCCCCUCUGACAACCACCCAACAGGAUACAGCUGGACGGCAACUGGUGACGCCGCCGCGGCGUCCGGUCGAGCCUCCGUGAGUCAGAGCUCGGCCAUUGGCCACCAGGACACCAUCAUGAUGAGGAGACAAGGAGACAAGGAGACAAGGAGACGAGGACGAGGAGACGAGGAGAUGAGGACGAGGACACUUGUUGUUGUUGUUGUUACGGAAUAUUUUCACUGGAACAUUUGUCAGAAUCACAAACCAACACCCCCCCCCCCCCCCCCUCAUCUGAAACCUGAGCUGGAAGAGUAUUUAAAAAAAAACCUUUUUAUAGUAGAAAUAUAUUUGUAAUUUUAUAGAGCUUCCUAUUGUCUUUUUUUUGGUGAAAUAUACUAUUUUUGUAACUUGUGUAAAUAAUAAUGGUUCUAAAAGUCUAUUUGAUAUUAACAGUCGGAUUAAGAUGUGACUGGAAUAAAAAGGUUCCGUGUUUAAAUGAGAACUGGAAAUGAAUCCGCUAGGGAGAGAAAAACUGGAAAGUAAAUAUAUGUAUUUAAUACAGCUACUGUCUGCCAGAUAUUAAAGUCUGAGAUAUUGUUCUUUUA